AGCAACCUGGAGUUGUUAACUCUUUGCCAUGUCCCAAUGUAUGCACUGAUGGUGGCUGUCUGCUUUUCAUCAGAGACACCAGAAGACUCUCCACAGCCAUGCACUGUAACUGAAAUCUACAUCAAUAUUGUUCGUCAUUGCCUUCAAACAAUCAACAAAACAAAAACCAAAGAUCUAAAUUCCUUCAUCAACAACAGGAGUGAAGAAAUUCUGUCUCUGGCCGAGUUUGCUUUUAAAGCAACUGUAGAAAAAACUGUGAACUUGACAGAACUGCCCUGUGAAGACAGCUGCGUCCUCUCCUUCAUGAAACCUCUUGUUAUCAAAGUGGCCCCCACUGAGAUAAUCACCACUCAUGCAUUUCUCCAUUACACAAUGCAGGAGUUUUUUGCAGCACUGUGGCUGCUGAAGAAUCCAGAUAAGAUCAGGGAUGUUUUUCAGCAGAGCCUCACUGAGGAGAAGAAACACAUGAAACAUCUGAUCCCUUUCAUGUGUCGACUGCUGACUGACAAGAGCCCUAGUUUGAUGAAGCAUCUGAUUCCAGCUCAGGAGCUCAAGAACACGUCUGACUGGUUCUUCGAGGAACUGAUAACCACAUUUUUCCCUUGUCUCAGUAAGAAAGACGAGGAUGAUACUGAGGACAGUGGGCUUGAUGUGGACAUACUGUUCUUAUGUCAGUGCUUGUAUGAGUCCCAGUGUCCUGAAGCGAGCAUCAACUUCCUGGAGAAACUGGACUACCAUCUUGAUCUCAGUGGAGAGAGUCUCGAGCCUUACCUUUGCUCUGCUGUGGCCUACGUGGUCACUCAGUCGAAGGAGAGGAAAAUAUUGCUGAACCUGGAGGACGUCAUGGUGUCAGAGCAAGGAAUGAGACGACUGUUAGGAUGCCUUCAAAAUGUCCAGUGGUGUGGUCCUCUGCCACGGCAGUUGUGGGAGAUUUUCCUUCUCAGUGAGGACAGAUGGCAGAUGGACCACAUCAGCUUACUCAGCCUGGAUGGAAAUCAGUUGCACCUUCCAGUUGAGGGUAAAGACGGCUGUUUGAAAGAGCAGUAAAAGUCAUGCAGAAGAUCACUACGCAGCUUAAUAUCUGCCUCCACUGGGACAGGGAAACUCCUGCCUGCCAAAGUCUGUGCGAUUCUCUCUUAGAGGCUUUGCCCUACAUCCACUCACUCAGCUUCAGGUGGACCUACAGAGGUCCAGGAUUACAGGACCAGCAACAAAGCCAGGGGACACUGGAGAGGGAAAAACAGGAGCUGUUACUGGAUUUAUGCCUGAGAGCAGCACUUUACAAAGGAGAGAGCUUUCACAGAGUAGUGAACGAACUUCUCUCAUUGUUUUCUGUGAACAAUGACUUACAUAACAUCCUUCUUGAUUUUUAUCAGCACAUCAAGAGUAAAGGGUGUUCAAG